AUGAUUGAUCUUGGCCUGGUACGCACAAGUAAACUUAUACGACAAACUCCACAAACCUGGAAAGCAAUACAUGUAGCUGGCACUAAUGGAAAGGGAUCAAUAUGUGCCUAUCUAUCAGCCAUGUUCACAGCUUGUGGCAUCCGAUGUGGACGUUUUUCUUCGCCGCAUCUGAUGGAUCGAUGGGAUGGGAUAUCAAUCGAAGGUUAUCCCGUUCGCAAAUCAGUCUUCAUCGAUUGCGAAAAAGUUAUAGUCCACAGGUGUAAGACAGAGGAUAUCAAGGCAACUGAAUUUGAAAUUCUCACUGCGACUGCUUUUGAAGCUUUUGCACGCGAAAAGAUCGAGAUGGGCAUCAUAGAAGUAGGACUUGGUGGGCGGCUUGAUUCCACGAAUACCCUGAAAAACAAAGAAGUAACGAUUAUAUCUAAAAUAGGGUUAGACCAUCAGUCAAUACUAGGUAAUACUAUUGAAGAGAUUGCUCUUGAAAAGGCUGGGAUCAUGAAGGCCAACGUCCCCUGCGUGAUAGAUAGAACAAAUGAAACUUCGGUCAGAAAAGUUAUUGAAGAUUACGCAAAGAAGAUUGGGACUCAAGUCAUUCCAAGCUCAACAGAUGCUACAUUCUUUCAGGACCUACCUACUCAAAAUUUUGAGCCGCAUCAAGUAGAAAACUUGGCAUGUGCCUACACUGCUUUUCUCAUCGCCUACAAAAAUGCGGAAUCUCCCCUUCAUCGAUUGUUACCUGCUGUACUGUCAAUGCAAAAUCCGGGAAGGUUACAGCUACUCGAUAUUAAGAGUAUCGCUGGACGAGAAGAAAAAGUGUUAUUAGAUGGCGCACACAAUAUUCAGUCUGCCAAAGUACUCUCUAGCUAUGUCGAAAAGAACCUUCGUAGGCCGAACUGCAAUGUAACUUGGGUUGUUGCAGCAUCCCACGGAAAAGAUCUUGAGGCCAUGAUGGGAACUAUGCUGAAACCUGGUGACGAUCUAGUAGCAGUUAAAUUCCAUCCUGUAGAUAGAAUGCCGUGGGUACGAUCAAUGGAGCCUGAGGACAUCCUUUCUGUAGCGCAUAGUUUGGGAAUAAAUUCGGCAUCUACCAAACCAGACCUUUUAAGUGGGUUGCGGUGCGCAGCUCACAAAGCUAACGGAGCUCCUAUGGUUAUAGCAGGUAGCUUGUACCUGGUUUCAGACGUACUUAAACUUCUCCGAGAUGAGGCUAGAACAUCUAGAUUCAUAGACGUGAAGGACAGUUUUUGA